AUGGCAUCGGAUCAACUCCCAAAUUUGGUCAAGGCUGAAGAUCUUACUGUGCGUGAUGGGAAGCUCACAUGGUCAUCACACGGUGUAUCAAACCAGAUCGAUGUUGGAAGCCUCUUGUUCGCGCUGAAGCCGCCGGCAUCAGCCCACCAGUACAUCAUUUGCGGUCUGAAAGAGAAUAACUCCGAGUCCGCCGCAACAACAUUCGAGCUUGUGCUCCUGCAAACCAGCUCGAUACCGGAUCAGAUCAGCUCCCUGCAUCUCGUCAGCCAGAUCCCCCCUCACCUCCGGCCAAGUACCGACAACCUCGUCGACAUUGUUGUCUCGACAAAGGCUGGCUCCGGUCUCGCACUGCGGUUCUGGCAAGCUGUACUACACCCCCUCCUCAGGGUGACACGAGAAGAGCUUGCGCAGGCAUCCCCCGGCACAGAGGCUGCGGAACUCGCGGGCAGCCAGCAGGAGAACGUGCUGGUCACAGAAAACGCCGGCAGCGUGCCGCAAUUCGCCCAGCGCCUCUGGGCCAGUCACGGCGGCCAGACGCACAGAGAUGGUGGUCAUGGUGGGAAGCAGUCUAGAACCGUCAUCCUGCUGAGUGGGGACGGCGGCAUCGUCGACAUCCUCAACAGCUGCGAGGAUGACGCCCAAGCACCGGCCGCGUCCUCCCCAACCCAGCCUCUGGUUUGUCCCCUCCCCUUGGGCACCGGCAACGCUCUGUUUCACUCCCUGCACAAGCCCGUCGCCUCCGCCCGCCCAGCCUCCUCGCCAUUGGUCCUGGGCCUGCAGACGCUCUUCCAAGGCGCGCCAGCAAACCUGCCCACCUUUCGGGCCUCCUUCUCUGCGGGCUCUCGCGUCGUCGUCGCCGCGGAGGAGCAGCAGGCAGCAGCGGCCGAUGGCGGCGCUACAGACACGCCCCCCGAGCUGCAGGAGGGGAACAAGCCCGUCUCGUAUCUGAACGGUGCCGUCGUCGCCAGCUACGGCUUCCACGCCAGCAUCGUGCACGAGAGCGACACCCCGGCCUACCGCGCCCACGGCCAGAAGCGUUUUGGCAUGGUCGCACAGGAGCUCCUGCGCAGGUCUCACCCUUACACCGCCCAGGUCGAGAUCCGCCGGCCAGGCGUAGCCUCGUUCGAGCGUGUCCCGCGCGAGACGCACGCCUAUGUGCUGGUCACGCCGCUGUCGAAUCUGGAGCGCACCUUUGCCAUCUCGCCCGACAGCCGGCCCCUGGACGGGAGGCUGCGGGCUGUCCACUUCGGCCCUAUAGGGGGUGAGAGGAUCAUGGAUGUCAUGAUGAAGGCAUACGACGGAGGCAAGCACGUGGCGCUGGCGUGGGAAGAAGACGGUGAGCGUGUUUGGUAUGACGAGGUCGAGGAGAUUCGUUUGAAGGCGCUGGACGCGGAUGGGCGGUGGAGGAAGGUGUGUAUUGAUGGCACGAUUGUCGAGUUACCUUUGGGAGGCCACAUGGUGGUCAGUAAGUCUAAUCAUACGCUCUUGCGUGUGCUCGCGCCCAAGGAUGUCUUGCCAGCCUAG